GUAGUUUCUUGGUAUUUUGAGUAGCUUCAAAAUCUACCGGUCAAAACACACAAAAACGCCCAAAGAUUUUUUGCUUCCCUCCAAUUCAAUCCACUUUAUCUCAAACCUCAGACCCCAUUCUUUUCUCUUAUCCCUAAAUCCUUCUUCCAAUUAUAAUAUCUUCAGUAAGUUAAAAUCCUAGCUUUUACUUUUACUUUUACUUCUCUCAAGAGACUUUCUUAAUGGAGCUCACUUGUUUGCAUAACAAAUUCAAAUUUCCUUCUUUACCUCACCUUUCACGUCCAUUCUUCAAGAACCCUAACCCCAGAAUCUUCCCUCGAAAAAUAAACAUUCUUUUUCUAGCUUCGGCUUCGGAUACUGUUGUGGCUAGUUCAAUAAAGGAACUUGGCAGCAAGAAAGAUGAUGAAUUUGGGGACUUGAAAUCUUGGAUGCACAGAAAUGGCUUGCCCCGUUGUAAAGUUGUGCUCAAUGAGAGCACUUCACACGAUGAGAAGCAUAUGCCUGUACAUUAUGUUGCUGCCAGUGAGGAUCUUCGGGCAGGUGAUGUGGCGUUUUCGGUGCCCAAUUCAUUGGUUGUUACGCUUGAGAGAGUGCUGGGAAACGAGACUGUUGCUGAACUUUUGACAACGAACAAGUUGUCCGAAUUGGCAUGCUUAGCUUUAUAUUUAAUGUAUGAGAAGAAGCAAGGAAAGAAAUCAUUCUGGUAUCCCUAUAUUAGAGAGCUCGAUCGCCAACGAGGAAGGGGCCAGCUGGCUGUGGAAUCUCCCCUUCUAUGGUCAGAAGAAGAAUUGGCUUACCUAACUGGUAGCCCCACUAAGGCCGAAGUUCUUGAAAGGGCUGAAGGAAUAAAAAGAGAGUAUAAUGAGCUUGAUACUGUCUGGUUUAUGGCUGGGUCUCUCUUUCAGCAAUAUCCAUAUGAUAUACCUACUGAGGCUUUUCCGUUUGAGAUUUUCAAACAAGCUUUUGUUGCUGUUCAGUCUUGUGUGGUGCAUUUACAGAAAGUACCUUUGGCUCAGAGAUUUGCAUUGGUUCCUCUUGGACCCCCAUUGCUAGCUUACAGAAGCAAUUGCAAGGCAAUGUUAAGUGCUGUUAAUGGUGCUGUUGAACUAGUGGUUGAUCGCGCAUGUAAGGCUGGGGAACCCAUUGUUGUCUGGUGUGGACCACAGCCUAAUUCAAAACUGCUCAUCAACUACGGAUUUGUUGAUGAUGAUAAUUCUUAUGAUCGCCUGGUUGUUGAGGCAGCUUUGAAUACCGAAGAUCCUCAAUAUCAGGACAAGAGACUGGUUGUUCAAAGAAACGGCAAACUAUCAGUUCAAGUUUUUCAUGUUUAUGCAGGGAAGGAAAAAGAAGCUGUUUCUGAUAUGCUUCCAUAUUUGCGAUUGGGCUAUGUUUCAGAUCCUUCUGAGAUGCAAUCUGUUCUUUCUUCUCAAGGUCCAGUGUGCCCAGUGAGUCCCUGUAUGGAACGAGCAGUGCUAGACCAGCUUGCUGAUUACUUCAAUAGACGUCUGGCUGGCUACCUUACUACACUGAACGAAGAUGAGUCAUUGUUGUCAGAUCCUAACUUGAAUCCCAGGAGACGAGUUGCCACUGAGCUAGUUAGGUUGGAGAAGAAAAUUCUCCAUGCUUGUCUGCAAGCAACAACUGAACUGAUAGAUGAGUUACCUGAUCACACUGUGUCUCCAUGCCCUGCACCGUAUGCCCUGUUGUUGAAAUGAAAGUUUCUGGGAUCAAUCUGCUGAGACCUUCUAACAGUAAAACAAGCAUGAAGUUUCUUACUGAUGCCUUUUUCAGCUUACAAUAUUUAGUUGAAAAAAAGUCAGUUUAAUUAUAACCUUAUGUUUAGUUCAGUUGAUUCAUAGAGACUACAAACUUGUUUAUAUUAUAACCAAUGACUCGAAUACCCAAUAAAAUGAGUUAAUAGAUAGGCUGGUUUUUAUACCUUUCUCAUACAAAGGUUUAUAUGCUUAUAUGCAAUCUAAAAUGAGAACUUCAGAUUUCAUCAUAUCAACUGCUUAGAAACAUAAAAGUUUAUUUUCCACAUACAGGUUUAUUUUAUUAUAUAAUUGUUAUAUAUGAACCAGACAGCAAGAUGCAGAUAUUGCUGAUCUUUCUUCUUUUGUAAGUUGCUUCCUAUAUAGAUUCAGAUUGUUGGUCUUGAGAUCAUUUCAGGACCCAACUCUUCCUGUCAGAGACAACCAUAUCAAGCCAUUGAGGCCAUGGCUGGAUUUACGGUAGUCUGGUUCAGGUUCAGGUUCAGGUUCGGCCUCUGCCUGCUAACUGUGGUUUUCAUAGUCAGGCCCGAACCUCCAAAACAGAAAUACUGUCUCUUUAACCCCUUUUUGUUUGAUCCUUGCUUCUCAAUUGUACUUGGUUUUUCAUCAUCAGUACUUGGAAUGUAGCAAGAUGGUCCACCAAUAUCCUCAGUGAAAAUUCCCUUUUGUUUAUCCAAUGAGCUCGGAGAAGAAAGGGAUGACCUCGAGAACGAACUCGAUCGAGAUCUUCCCUGAAUCGUUAACUGCGGCAUGUCUUGCAUAACACCUUUCAUAAUCCCUGAUGCAAGUUUUUUCUUUGCAAUUGGACUGGAUUGAUUACUCCUCACGGAUAGUGUUCUCUUGUUGUUAGGAAGUGAUGAUGAAGGCUUUGAAAAUCUUUGUCUAAGUGGGAUUGGAGUUUCUUCAGAGCAACCUUCAAUUGAUUUCUUCAAUCUUUUCGGUUUUUUCCCUUUCAUAUGAGGCCAACGGAGAACACUUUUCAAUCUCUGUGCUGCCUUAUUCUUCGAACUUGGUUUUAUAUUGACUGAUGAUUUCCUGUUUUCAUCACCAGAAUCGUAAUCAAUUGAGGAUGAACGACUUCUUCCUCUGCUACUGGGAUCAUUAGCAUCAUAAGCAUCCCAUGUAGUCUCAACACCAGUAUGCAAGAAGAUUUCGGUGUCUGAUAUUCGGAAAGAAGUUCCGGGACUGCUUCCAUGCUGCAUCUUUAAGUGUGAAGCAAUGGCUCUUCUCGCAGUGUGGUCCUUACAACCAAACAUUCCCCCGGCUGAAAUCAAGUGUCGGAUAAGCAUAUCCGAUGAAGCGGAAUGCGGCCUUCGUCGAAGUAGAUCGAGCGGAGUCAUUCCAUUCGCAUCACUGGUGUUCACGUUAAUUGAUGGUGCAGACAUAAGGAGUUGCACCAGGUCAGUGUGGACAUUCCCAAUGAUAGCCAAGUGAAGUGCAGUCCUUCCAUCAUUGUUUUUAGCAUUAACAAUGUCUUCCAUGUUGAACUUCUUUUCGUGUACCAGUCGCUUCAUAAGAUUGAUCUGUAGGUCAACUCUUCUAAAAGUUGGGGUCUGAAAACCAGACACUGCGAAAUGGAGAAAUGUUUCCCCGGCAUUGUUUCUUACGGAGAUCAACGAGGGAGACACAUGAAUCAAAGCCUCAACAACGGCUGCUUGGCCCCUGUAAGCAGCGAUAUGCAACGCGGUGUUGCCUUGAUCAUCUACGGAGGCAAUGAUAUCGAAAGAUGAAACGAGCUUUUCAACCACCUAUAAAAUGAAACAAUGCUUGCAUUAGUCAAGGUAAUGAAACUUAACCACUAACAUAAACAUAGAAUACUUGAGGCUAACCUCAACUUGGCCUCGGCCAGCGGCAGCAUGUAAUACGGUCGAACCACGCUUAUCUCUAUAAGCCAAUACAUCUUUGUAGUAGCCAUGAAGAAGCUCCAUUAAAAUCUUUAAAUUUCCUCCUCUAGCAGCAGCAUGAACAGCUUUGUUUGUGAUCUCCCACUUAUAAACAGAAGGUAUUUCCCCGAUGUGCUCUUUGAACCCUUCUGCAUUAGCUGUCAUAAACCUCGGUGAGACUGCAAAGUUGUAUAUAAGCGUGAAAACCUCAGAGUUUUUGCCCCUGGCAGCAGCAUAAAGAAUAUCAGUAACACCAUACUCUCCUUCUCCGAAAACAAGUAGAGGAUUCCUUUGAAGAAGUUCUUGAAUGAAACCCAAGUCUCCGGCUGAGGCAGCCGUGUACAUAAGCCAUCCACCGUAGCCACACCUGAUAAGGGAAUUCUUUGUUUUCUUCGAUUCACAUUUGAUAAAAAGCUUCCUAGCAACCUCAGAACGACACUUAGCAACAUCAUCGAACUGUUCUUCAUCAUCCCAUACAGUCUCGAGCCGGCGGAUCCUCCUCAAAGAGGUCAGCUUGAUGAGAUGAUUCCCAUCGAUCCGUAGAAGCUCUCUGACCAAGUCGUAAUGGCCAUUAGCUGCUGCCCAAUCGAUGGGAGAAGCAUACCACCAUUGGUCUCCAGUGCUUUCCCAGCGAAGAGGGAAGUAUGUAGGAAGCAUUAUGAAGAUUAACAAAGCAAAGGCCCUACCGGACUCAGUGCAACAAAGCAAGUCAAAUAGGGAAAAAGGCUUAACUAACCACUGUAAGAAACUAAAGCUUCAUUAAUGAAAAUAUUCAAGCAGUUGAACUA